GCUUGUCACGUGACCGAGCCUCUGUUUCACGCAGGGAUGGAGCCGGAAGAAGGGACGCCCUUGUGGCGGCUCCAGAAGCUGCCUGCGGAGCUGGGCCCGCAGCUUCUUCACAAAAUAAUUGAUGGCUUUUGUGGUCGAACUUAUCCACUCUACAAGGAUUAUCAGAGUGUUUGGGAUUCAACAGAAUGGAUGCAUGUUCUAGAAGACAUUACUGAAUUUUUCAAAGCUGUAGUUGGUAAAAAUUUAACUGAUGAAGAGAUAUCUCAGCAGUUGAAUCAGUUGAAUUCAUCUCAUCAAGAAGCGAUCAUGAAAUGCUUAAAAAGUAGAAAAGAUGAAAUCAAGCAGGCUCUGUUAGAAGAAAUAGUUGGUAUUUCCUCAGCACAGCUACAGGAUUUUGAUUGGCAGUUAAAGCUUGCACUUUCAAGUGACAAGAUUGCUACAUUACAAAUGCCACUUUUAAACCUUCAUCUAGAUGUGAAAGAAAAUGGUGAAGUCAAACCUUAUUCUGUUGAGAUGAGUAAAGAAGAGCUGCAGAAUUUAAUAAAUUCCUUAGAAGCAGCUAAUAAGGUGGUUCUGCAGUUGAAAUAACUGGAAAUGACGAAUACCAGCAUCAUCACAUUCCACUGCUACAAGUGAUGUGGCAGAAUGAAUAUCAUGUGUUCAGAAAACCUGCACUGUACUAUUCUGGCAAGCUGAGAAAGCAGCAGUGUUGAGGUUACAAAGACAAUUUAUCAGCUUCCCUAAAGAACAGAAAAUCAUAUGGUUGACAAGAAAUGCGUAAAAACAUGAAAGAUGGAAAGGCUUUAAUAGUUUAUAUUUUCAUAGUGACUGUUUUGCUUCAAUUAUUAAAUAUUUGAGAGCUCUUUAUAGAUAUAGAGUUUUAUUGAAAACUGAAAAAGGCUCUAAAGUAAUGUAAACAUACAAGCACAAAUAUAUUUGGAUAAUGCUUAACUGUGUGGAUGGCAAGGAUGUUUGUUAUGGAUAUAUAUUGGUAAUUUGUGAUAUUUAAAAAAAAUAACUUUUAAAGAAUGUAUAAGCUGCAUCUGUACUCAGGAGAUUCCAUGUCUUUCAUAGUUCAAAGGAAAGGUUGGAAAAUGUAAAAUUUCUUAGAGAGGCUCUUCAGAUGUGAAUAAGAAAAAAAUCUGUGUGAAGAAUUUUGAGAUUUGAAUUCUAGAAACUAAACUCUUACAUUAGAACAUAGAUAAAAAUAACACUAUUACUUCUCUAUGUCUGUGAUCAGGAAAGUUUGCUCUGAUAAAAUGAAUACAUGUCAUUGAAUAGUGUAUAUAUUGCUGUUCAAAUAUCAGCUAAGACUCUAUAUAGGUCCAUAUUUGCAAUAAACUCUUAAUUUGUUAUAAAAUCUUAAUGAAGUUUUGGAUGUUAACAACUCCAUUGGAAAACAAACCAUUUUUUCAUCUCAGUUACCUUUAAAAACAAGCAUACUGAACAAAUAUUUCAUUUUUAUCUAUUGCUUUAUUUCAGAUGACUUCCUCCAUAACACAAUAACACAUCACUGGUACCUGCUGUUUGCAAGCCUUAUACAUCAUUAGAGCAUCAGACUAUUAUUCAAGGUGUCCAGAGCAAUUAUUAUUCUCAUCUUACAGACGAAGAUAGGCUUUAGCGAGAUUAAUAAACGUGAGCACCAUCUAGCCGGUACUGCUCAAAAUGUGUCAGUAGAUUAAUGCCACUCUGUGAACUGUUGUUACAGCUCUGUGGUCAGGUGAGGCGCUUGUGCCAGGAGGUUCAUCAACAUCCUGCUUUCUUCAUUGAGAAAUAUUGGCUAUGAAAGAAAAAAAAAUCAGCUGAACUAACCAGUGUGCUUAGGGAAGGAGUUGAUUUUACCUUCUUGUGCAAGUUCCUUGUGUCAUUGUGGGCCAGUAACGGUUUGUGGGCAAGCACUUUUAAUCAUACUGAUCUAAGGUCUUUCUGCAUUUCAACCCUCUAUGUGGUCCUUCCUUUGAGAAGGGGAAAAAAGUUCUGUACUUAGUCCUUCUCUCACUACAUUAGUAUGUUUAAAUGUGUUAUUAAAAUCUGACAUACUGUAAACUGCACGUAUUUAAGUGGGCAGUCUGAUCAGUUUUGACAUAUACACACCCACGAAAGUAUCACCUCAGUGGCAGUGGUGAACAGCCAACCAUUGAACCACUGAAAGUGUCUUUCUGCCUUUCGUAGUCUCUGCUCCUGCACCCUGUGCCCCAACAACCACUGAUCUGCUUCUUGCUGCUAUCAAUGGUGUUCACAUUUUUGAGAGUUUAAUAGAAAUGGAAUCAUACGCUAUGUCUUUGUGUGUGUGUGUGAUCUGGCUUCUUUCAUCAUUAGAGUCCAUCCAUAUAUCAGUAGUUCAUUCCUUUUUGUUGAGAAAUACUCUGUUGUAGAAUUCUACCGUCAUUUAUCUGUUCAUCUGUUAAUGGAUGUUUUGGUUAUUUAAAAUUUUUGGCUGUUACAGUGCACAGAACAUUCUUGUAUAUGUCUUCGUAUGAACACAUACUUUCUUUUGGAAGUAAAUACUGUGGAGUGAAUGGUUGGAUCAUAUGGUAGGUGUGUGUUUAUCUUUUUAAGAAAUUGCCAAACUGUUUUCCAAAGUGAAUUUACUAUUUUAUGUUCUAUACCACAGUCUAUGAGAGUCCGCCUCUACCUCCUUGCUAACACUUGGUGCGGUCAGUCUUUUUAAUUUCAGCUAUUCUAACAGGUGUAUAGCGGUAUCUCAUUGUGGUUUUUAAUAAUAUUCAUUUCCCUAAUGACUAAUGAUGUUAAGCAUCUUUUCAUGUGCUUAUUUGCCAUUUGUGUAUCUUUGGUGAAGUGCCUGUUCAGAUCUGUUGCCCAUUUUUAAAUUGGAUUGUUUUCUUAUUUUUUUCAGUUUUGGGAAUUCUCUGUAUAGCCUGGAUACAAGUCUUGAUCACAUAUGUUCCUUGAAAGUGUUUAAGUAUUAUCUCCCAAUCUAUGACUUACGUUUUUUUUCUUUAAAAAAAAUUUUAAGACAGUUUUAGAUAUACAGAAAAAUCAAGCAGAUAGUACAAAGAGAUCUCAUAUACCCUACAUCUAGUUUCCACUAUUUUAUCAUAUUAGUAUAAUUUUUGUUAUAAAAAUUCUGUUAUAAUUGAUGAAUUAAAUAUCAAUACAUUAUUAUUAACUAAAUUCCAUAGUUUAUUCACAUUUCCUGAGUUUCUGCCCAACGUCCUUUUUCUAUUCCAAGAUCCCGUUUUAUAUUUAGCUGUCAUGUCUUUUUAGGCUUCUCUUGCUGUGAAAAUUUCUUAUACUUUCCUUGUUUUCGAUGACCUGGACAAUUUGAGGAAUGUGGGGGAGAUAUUUUAUAGGGUGUUUCUCUGUUGGCAUUUAAUGCUUUUCUUGCAUGUGCACUGGGCUUAUGGGUUUUGGGGAGCAAGAUCACAGAGGUGAAGUGCCAUUUACAUCACAUCAUAUCAAGGAUGCAUACUGUUACCAAGAUUUCUGAUUUGACAUUGACUUUGAUCACUUGGCUGAGGUAGUGUUUCAGGUUUUUUUUCACUGUAAAGUUUUUAUUUCUCCUCCUUCCACACUGUCUUCUUUGGAAGGCAGUCGCUACGUGUAGCCCAAACUUAAGGAAUUAGGCUAAAUCUUUUAGAAUUCUUCUGCAUAGAUUUGUCUCCUCUCCUAUUUAUUAAUUUGUUUACCAUUUACAUAUAGAGUAUGGACUCCAUAGAUACUUAUGUUAUACUUUGGGUUAUUGUAUUUUAUACAAUAGGGCACUUAUUACUCAAAUUUUUUCCAGCUUUGGCCAUUUGGAGCUCUUGAAGACAACCCCGUCAGUGGAAGUGGCUUUUAUUUAUUUUAUAUGACCUCCUCAGCUUUCUGGCAAUGCAAGAUGCACUAGGCUAACCUUAUCUAUUUCUUGCUCAGUCCUAGAAUAAAGCAUUUCUCCAAGAAGCCCUGGUUCAAUUUAUUGAAGAAUGAUAUUAGAAAUCAAACUAGGCGUGCUAACUGCUAUGGGGCUGUUGUUUCUUUUGGACCCCCUGAGCUGACAGAACAAAGAAAUAUGUGCAUGUAAAUUCACCUGUCCAUAUACACAUAUCUAUGAAUGUUUCUUUAUAUAAUCAUGUGUAUGUUACGCUGCUCAUGAGUUCAUCUUGAUAACUCCAACUCUGAUCCAUUACCAGAGGGAUCAUUCUAACCUGCUACCCUCCUUUAUUUGUAAAUCCACAUUUGAGCAAGUGAGAAUCCUGACUCCCACCAUCCACCAUCCAUUUACUUAAUUGUUCAGUUCCAAACUAUAUAUAGAGCAGUAUCCAAGUUGUUAAUCUCUACCCCUGUGGACAAAAAACUGUCUUUUAGGAAGGAUUUAUCUGCAGUUCCUUUUGCCUUUAGUCUUACAGACUCCACUCAUUUCCAAGUUAUUUGGGUCAUUACCUUUUUUCCCAUUUUUCCUUGGUGAAGUUGUUUUAUACAUUUGUAAUAGAUAUUUUUGGGCCACAGUCUGUCUUCCUUGCUGGGAUCCUCCAACUUCCUAAAUUUAAAUUUGCAUACAUUAAAGUUGUCGUGUUGAACAGUUC